AUGGCUUGGGGGCGCGAUUGGCUCUUUUUUGGCGCCGCAUGGUGUCAUUUCCUCGCCGGCUCACUCGUCGCCGCUGCCGCUGCUACCGAUGCGCCGGUUAUUCGUGGCUGCGAUGGAGACGGUAACUUUGGGCCACCAUUCAACGCAACUGGCACUGUCUCUUUCGUAGCAGAGAGCUUCACUCACAACAAUGGCAAGCCAUGGUAUCUGUCAGUCGGUCUCAAGGACAGGCGUGACAAAAACGCCGCCUACCCGGGUGUGCAGACAGCGACCGGCUAUCUUAGUCUACCAGACGACUAUGUCCGCAGUGCCAGGACCAACACAACUCAAAUGUGUGUGUACCACUUGGGACAACGAAACACGACAGCCUCGCCGGAUGGCUCAUGCCAGGGCGUCAUUGACGACGCAUGCGCCAAGUUGAUUCACAAGUUCCAGGAGUCGCCAUCCUUCUCGAAUGGGAAAUGUCCCCUGUUGCCCUCCGAUGAUGUUUGUGGAAGCCAAAUAUUCCAGUUGGACACGCCAAUCACGCCGAUACGCAGUAAUUGCUCAACCAGCGUGCAGCCUGUGUUGGCUGGGCUCCCCGACGCGUACAACACCCAGCCAAUCUUUGACUUGGGGUUGCCCUACGGAGACACCAAGGUGGACGCUUUUACUGCGUUUGACUCGCACGUACGUCAGUCGAAUCCUGUGCUGCUCGUUUUCGGGGCCAAGCAAGACCAAGAUGGCAAAAUUGUCAUGUAUGAUAGCAAGUUGCUGUGUGUAGCGCCUGUCAAUGCGACGGCCGGAAGCCAUGUUCCCAAGUCUUCGGCCGGUGAACUACGAGUACCAAUGGCGUUGCUUUCAGUAACCGCUGCCAUCACCCUUCUUGGGCUCUUUCUUUGUUGA